AUGGCCUUUCGCCGCGCAUACGGUAACCUGGGGAGUUUAUACAGCAUCCCGCCCCCGGGCGCUGUGCCUUCGUUUGGGUUGACUAGGCCGCAGUAUAAUUCUGUAAAUCUGGGCAGCCUCUACGCCCGCAGCAAGUCUAAGUUCCCGACUGGAUGGGCAUACUUUGAGGAUGGGUCUGUUUUCAUACUUCCCUUUGCGUGGUUCCCUCACGAUACCUUCGAAGCGCGCAUGAAGAUAGCUGCGCAGUUCAUAAGUGGGCCGACGCCGAAGAUGCAGGAGAUACGGCGAGAGAAUCCGCACAUGAAGCGCUUCAUCAUUAUCAAUAAGGACACAAGACAGUUACGCGAGAACACAUUCCGCAUUCUAGCUCGUAACGCCCAAGAUGGGCAGAGAGUGUCUGUCGCCGACCCGCCCUUCGAAAACGUCGAACUGACCCUCGACCCCACCGAAAGUCGCCCGAUAUCCGCACGCUUCAACGACGCCCCCCAAUUGAAAUUUCAACACAGAUUACGGAACAGUGAGGCUCUGGAGACGUUCCGCGGUACAUUGGUCGAUGGCGUUCUACAGCCAAACGUCCGCCUGGGGAAUGGUCUGCGCUUGUCCAACAAGCCGGAGAUGCUGAAGCCUCAAUUGACCGCAAAGAGGCGGGCGCGAAAUCACGAGGCCGCUAGGCUUCGCGAAAGCGUCGGCUUGCCUCCAAAGGCACCCGCAAAGCUGCUUGAUGGGCUGGAUGUGAGGUCUUUGAGAGACCGACCUCUAUCUACGAGCUCAGACAGGCGCAAGCCUUUCCCUCGAACACCGCCUCGAGACCGCGAUCUAGAGCUUCGAGAAGCCCAUUUGGCCUUAAGGGAGCGCGAGCUCAUCAAUCUACAACAGCAGCUCCUACGACAGAAGAUGCGCAUCCAGAACUCUCCGCCCCGUCGAGAACGCCAUCCUCGAUCUCAGCCCCGCGACGACAACUACACAAACACGCAUCGAACACGCGAAUCGACCGAAUCACGCACUUACACGGAGUCGGAUUCCACAGCCGCAGAGAUCGAAGCAAGGAGAAAGGCACUCGAACAGGAGGAAGAGCUUCUAAGAUACAAGCGCAAGGCAUGGCUUCUCGAACAGAAGCUGGCGGAGGCUUCAGCACGUCCUCCACGUUCUCCACGUAGACGCCCAGCUCGCCAGUACGAUGACGAAGCGCAAGACUACGACGACACACGAUAUUCUACUGAAGUUCCACUCGAACAAGAUGCCUUAUCGGAUGUGCAAAAUGACGAGGGCGCCGCAGACGGUCACAAUCUAGACAAUUCGUCACCGACCGAAGCGCUUCAGAGCUUAAGAUCCCGUAUUCAGCUUCCUACGAGACAGACGAUGCGAUCACAUCGGACGCCACGGUGA